CCGGAAGACAUAUCUGAAGCUGGCGUUCUGCGACAUUUGCCAGAAGUUUCUCCUUAAUGGAUUCCGUUGCCAAACAUGCGGCUAUAAAUUUCAUGAGCAUUGUAGCACCAAAGUGCCCACCAUGUGUGUGGACUGGAGCAACAUCAGACAGCUGCUGUUGUGUCCAACACCGGGUGAGAGUAGUUUCCCGUCCCUGCCCCGACGUAUGAGAGAAUCCCUAACCCGGGUUCCGAGCUCGGCCCACAGAAAUUCCACCCCCCAUGCCUUCAACUACACCACCCUGUACCCACCCACAGGCGGCGGCCUCUCCCAGAGGCAGCGCUCCACUUCUACGCCCAACGUCCACAUGGUCAGCACGACCCUGCCUGUAGACAGCAGCAUGUUUGAGCUAGACUGUCUGAGUACCUCUCCCAGCUCCUGGUGCCGUAGGUUCUGGCUGAAGAGGAAAGUAGGUAUUGUGCACUUCUCCGAGUCUUUUGUCGAGGCUUCGCCUGAGAGUCCCGAAAAGGAUGCAAUGCGGGAUCAUGACUCAGCUGGAAGCUCCCCCAGCCAGAGCCCCACAGGCUGGACCCAGUCCAAAGCCCCAGCACCGUCCCAGCGAGAAAGAGCCUCAUCCUUCAACACUCAGGAGAAAAAUAAAAUUAGGCCUCGGGAUAAACGAGACUCGAGUUAUUACUGGGAAAUUGAGGCCACUGAGGUUUAUCUACAUUCCCACAUUGGUUCAGGCUCUUUUGGAACAGUAUACAAAGGAAAAUGGCAUGGCGACGUUGCAGUGAAGAUUUUAAAGAUUACUAACCCAACACCGGAGCAGCUCCAGGCAUUCAGAAAUGAAGUGGCUGUCCUGAGGAAAACACGACAUGUCAACAUCCUUUUGUUUAUGGGCUACAUGACGAAGGACAACCUGGCCAUCGUGACCCAGUGGUGUGAGGGUAGCAGCCUGUACAAACACAUUCACGUCCUGGAGACUAAUUACACCAUGAUCCAGCUCAUAGAUAUCGCCAGGCAGACGGCGCAGGGCAUGGACUAUUUACAUGCAAAAAACAUAAUUCAUCGUGACAUGAAGUCCAACAACAUCUUCCUGCAUGAAGGGUUGACUGUAAAAAUCGGUGACUUUGGUCUCGCUACAGUGAAGUCCAGGUGGACUGGGUCACAGCAGGUGGAGCAGCCCUCCGGAUCCAUUCUCUGGAUGGCUCCAGAGGUGAUCCGAAUGGAGGACAACAAUCCCUACAGCUUCCAGUCGGACGUGUAUUCCUACGGAGUUGUCCUGUUCGAGUUGAUGACCGGAGAGCUGCCGUACUCCCACAUAGCAAACAGAGAUCAGAUUAUAUACAUGGUGGGGAGGGGCCGUUUGUGCCCAGACCUCAGUAAGCUCUACAAGAACUGCCCCAAAGCCAUGAAGAGGUUGGUGGCCGAUUGCAUCAAGAAGUCCAAGGAAGAAAGGCCGCUCUUUCCGCAGAUCUUAUCCUCCAUCGAGCUCCUCCAGCACGCCCUCCCUAAGAUAAACCGCAGUGCCUCAGAACCGUCCCUGCACAGAGCCGCGCAGACGGAGGACAUCAACGCCUGCACCCUGACCACCAGGCUGCCCGUUUACACAUAGGCUCCUCCUCAGCAAAGAGAAUGAUCUGCACCGUCAGCAAACCCAAAUUCCCUCCUUAAAGACAUUUGUAAAGAACAAUACACACGGAAUCAUGCAUAAACUAAUGUCAGUCGGUGAUUAUGUAAGUAUAGGAGAAUAGCAGCAGCAGCAGGAGGAGGAGGAGCAUCUGAGAUUAACUUUGGAGGAUUGCGUUGGAUCUACACAUGAAGAGUUCAGCAUAAGGUACAUCGCACGUGCAAUCAGAAGUACAGUGUGUUGAGGCUUCGUGUUCGUAUCGUAUUUGAUUUUAAGUUGUAAAUAGAAGCACACACGCCUACCUGAGACAACGAUGAAUGGACACCGAAGGAAGCCCAGGGGACGCGCGUCUCCUGAUCCUUUUUCUGUGUUGCCCUGCUUUUAUCAGGCCUGAAGAGGACUACUUAAGCUUAGCUGCCUUAGAAGGAAACAAAGCCUCGACUAAGUUUCUGCACAACUUUACCUCCUCUGGUUCUCACAAAGCCACUGGAAGCAGCCCAUUUAGGUUCACGGUAGCUGAUUCUGCUUUGUCUUAAAUGAUUUGUCUUUUUAUUUUUGGGCUUAUUUUCAAUGACUUGUGUCCUGUCUCCCAGCAGGAGUUUAUCAUCGCGUUAACCGAUCUUGUGAUGCCCACACACUCUCCAGUCCUUAUUUGUUUGGUUAUCAUGAGCUGGACAUUCGGCAUGUGUCUUAAAUAUUUAAAGUGAUUUUUGGGAACUAAUUUUGUUGUUUAUGUCACUUUGAGGAGGUUACAUGUUUUAUUUUGAACUUGGUGGGAAAGUGGUCGAUUCGAUAUUUUAAUAAAAUUAAGUUAAAAAUCUUUUGCCAAAAUAA